GCCCUUUGCUUCCUUCGCAGCUGCGCUACCCAUAAGUACCUCGUAGACGUGUGCCAAUUGGUUGGAGCACCCUUGAAACUUAGGCGGAUGACCAAUCGACUGGUCGGUACCGAAACGCUCCUAGGAAACGUGAGGUCGCCACUCGUGCUAGCUUUAACGUGCCGCUUCGACAGUUAACCACAGUCGUUGUUUGUGUUUUGUCGCAGACGAAUGAAGAGACUUCGCUGAUCGUGAGUUCAGUCAAUCUCCGUCUUCUGACAAAGGGAUUUGCGCGUUGUAUAGGAAUUCGAGUUACUUUUUGUCGAUCUCUCGAGUGAUAAUUGAGAGUUAUCAAAUAAUGUAUACAUCUCGCGAAUUUUCCAUUGUCUUUAAUCUCUACGAGAAAUAUAGUUAAACAACAGCAUAUUUCGAACAAGAUAUUGGUGUAAAAGGUAAACGAAGUUGGUGAACGCUGACAACAGUACGAGCGUUUAACUCAGUGAAGCGUGUAUGCCGGCCACAGUAACCGAGAGGAAAGCAAUCGUAAUCAAGUGUAACUGGUAACAUACUCGUUACAUCGAAGAGUUUAAGGAAGAAUAUCCGGAGUAUAUACGAUCAUUGUUUCAAAUACAAUAAGCAGUAUGACUAAAGUAUCGGGAAUGGUCGAGACAGAGGACGUUGUCGGGAAACCGACUUUUGUUCGACGUGUGUCCAAUAUGUUAAAAGAUGGAAGUUACAGCGAACCACCGAUGCUAUUUCGUCACGCUUCUAUGCAGAAAAUUCGCCAUUGUUGUCAAAACUUGAAUUUAUUGCCUUAUCUGCUGUACUCUUUCGACAACUCGAAGUCGCACCCAAUCGCCCGUAAAGUGCAUAAUUGUCUCGGCCAGUUUCUUCAAGUGGUCACAGCGAGGAUCUUCUUGCUAUACAAAAGUUUUCGACGAUCAUUGCUCUGCGGCAUUCGUUCAAGCGAAUUUCAAGCAUCUGAGCCACCAAAGACCCCUGAACCUUGCAAAUUUACGGCGAGAUUCCAAACUACAAGGCAGUUGAAGCGCAAACAAAAUAAUCGGCUGAUCUUGACCCUAGGCGUGUACUUUGCACCUCUGUUUUUGUUCUCACAGCUGAUCGGACUAUUUUGUCUGAUGAUAUUUGGAAAGUAUACGCCUGGUUUCAUUUUCCUAAUAUCAGCUCUGCUGUUUCUCGCCUACAUCUCGUUCAAAGUUCUCUUUCACGAUGCUGAAUCGAUGAGACCGUCUAGGCGUAGAUGUCGCAAGAUAAUUAAAGCGGAAUGAUUGUAUCUUGUGCCCGCUUAUCUAAACUAUCUACUACUAUCACUAUACGAUCAAACUGUCCAUUGGAUAGAUAAUAGACCUGAGAGUAUUGAGAGUCUUUGCCUAAUUUACCGUUCCCUAUUUUCGUAUUUGAUUACUUAAGCGAUGCGAUACCAGGUAGGGCUUUACUUAUUAUAUGGUCUUGUAUAUCGUAUGAACCAGUUUCAUUCAUAUUCAUUCAUACCCGUCUCUCUUUUUCUAAUAUAUGUACAUGAUAAUCAUGUUUCCAUCAUCGAAAGCUUCGUAUAGUUACUUUAGGAUCACGAUCGAUCGAUUCCGUCGGUUCGGAAAUUUCAUAAUAUUCUUUCUUUUUUUUUUUCCUUUUGUACUUCGUUAUUUAUCGGACUGAUACACGUAAUCGUGUGCUCGUUGUUGCGAUGUGUAGAAGAAGGCUGUUAACGAUGUGCUUUUUUUUUUACAAAUAGGUCUUAAAAAUUCAUGCGAUAAAUUUUUAUCAACUGGCAUAAAUCGUAAUCCUUCUGUUAUUUUAUAUUUCUGCCUUUUUCAAAGUAAUUCUAAGAAUCACUGUCAAUAUUGUAUCACCGUGUGUAAUUAACGCUGUGUAUAAUAUGAAGUGCAAUUUACGAGUUACCUGGAUAGCGUAUUGCAAAUCAUUGUCUAUAGCAAAAAAAGACUGAAAAUCGUUUUAACUUGUAUAUAUAUAAAAAAAAAUUAGACGCGUGAUGAAAAAAAUAUAUACAUAUAAAUAUGCGAGAAGAAAAUGAUUUAUUCUAUAUCAUAAGAUAUAUAAUAUAAUUAUCUUUCUUUGGAAAGACUUAGUACGUCCACUGAGCGAGUUAGGCUAAUCUGUGAUUAAGUGGACCCCAAGUGUAUUUUUCAUAGCCAUUUGUUGUCCCAUUUACUUAAGUAUGAUAAGAAAAUAUGUAACUUUGAUCUUUUUUUUUUUAAAUAUACACAUUAGCCUUACAUAAUCUGAA